AGGGAUAUCAUGCAUGAUAAUGCACUCGUCAACUUCAGUGGUCUUGAAGGCCAUAGCAUGCCUAUUGACCUGAAUAUCGAGCAUCUUAUCAAGUUUCUGAAGCAAUUUUUCGCAGCAAAGGGGAUUUAUUCUACAUGGGAUCGUCUUGGAGACAUCUCUGCAACUGUCAGCCUUCUUCAAGACGUCAAAAAACAAGUCAGACGUGCACUGGGGAUCGCUUAUAGUGGUCUCACCCACGCAUCCCCAGAUAGUUCAGCAUCAGUUUGGAAGGUUGCAAACAAGAUAAAUGAGCUCAUGCUUCACCAAUUCAACUCUGAACGAACAGACAAUGAUGUGGUGCGACCAGUCACUGAUACUCUGAUCACAGGCGAGAAGAAGAUGAAAGCAUUGACAUUAGCCACAUUCAACCGAAAAGUUCACAACAUGUUGGCAGGGGAGCGUUUCAAGCAAGAAGAAGAUGAGAUUCCAAGGCCAUCAUUUGACCUGAAUGGCAGUGUGGAUGACGAGUAG